CUGCUGGCCGCAGCCGUUGCAGCGGCGGCGCUCGGGCAGAGCCCGCCGCCUGCCAGCGACGAUCCGCUGUUCGCGCAGACCCUGCCGCUCGACGUCGACACCGCCAGCGCCGCCGAGCUGGCCGCGUGGCUGCGGCAGCUCGAGCUGCCGGACGGUGGCCAGCGGGCCGCGCUGCAGCAACGGUUGCGCGAUCACUACGGGCUGCCCCGGCCGGCUGAGGCGGCCGCGGCCGGAUCGGGCAGCGAGAUCACGGUGGAGUCGGCCCGCUCUGCUCGCUACCGCUCCGACGAGCGCGGCCACACCACGAUGGUGCUGGAGGGAUCCAGGCAGACCGGCUCACCCUACCACAAAGAACGCAGCAGCCUCACCGCAGCCGGGUCCGUGAUCUACACGGUGGUGACCGGGGACGGCACCGAGGUGUUCCGCGGCGAGAGCUUGUCCGUCGAUACCGAGCGGUGGGACGGGAUAUUCUACGACGGUUCGAGCCGUAUCGAUCAACUGGUCGAAGAGGCGGAGCUGACCUUCACCUAUUCGGGUCGGGCGAUCACUCGCCGGGACGCUGACACGGUGGUGAUGGAGGAUGCGACCGUCACCUCGUCCGAGGAUCCUGACGACCCCAGCUACCGCAUCGAAGCCGAGCGGCUGUGGAUCCUGGCCCCGGAGGAGUGGGCGGUCCGCAACGCGUUCCUGCACAUCGGAGAGGUCCCGGUGCUGUAUCUGCCGUACUUUCUCCGUCCCGGUGGACGGCUGCUGUUCCAUCCGGCGAUCGGCCAGCGAAGCCGCGCGGGCACCUACCUGCAGACCACCACCUACCUGAUCGGUCGCAAGCGGCCCGACGACACCUCGCUGUCGUUCCUGCAACGGAGCGGCGGCCGGGCCCAGUACGCCGACGAGCGCCGUGGGUUGUUCCUGCUACCGGCGCGCGAAGCUGCCGGGGCGGCGGACACGGACGGCGAGGAAUUGACGCUGAUGGCCGACUUGUAUACCCGACUCGGCGUGUUCGGCGGGCUGCGGGGGCGGUUCGGCGGCUUCUCGCUGUUCGCCAGCAUCGCCGCUUCCCGCGCGCUGGUGGAAGAUCCCCGCCCGGGCGUCGGCCACACACCGUACCUGCAGGGCGCCGACGGUGAGCUGGUGUCACAUUGGGACACGACCAGCAUCCUGGGAGUUCCGUUGCCGUUCCGGUACGGGCUGGAGAUGGAGGCCCGAAGUCGCGGCGCGCUCGGCUCACUCCAGGGAGCUUCGCGCUGUUCUCCGAUCCGGCGUUCACCACGGACUUUCUGGGCCGUGCCCACGACCUGCCGACCGGCGGACUCCUCGGCCUGCCGCAAGGGCCGUUGA